AUUAAAGCAGGAAUCUGAAGGUUUCUCUUUGGAGCCUGUCCUGGAACCAGAUCUUGUAGACCAGCUUUUUAAGUUAUGGGGAUACAGGUGAUCCUCGCGGCCAGGAGAGGGCGGACCUGGAGCUGGAGUUACCGGAGGUUGUGAUGUGGGUGCUGGGAACCGAACUCCGGUUGUCGGGCAGGACAACAAGCCAUGGAUCCCUCUAGCCCCUAAGAGAUUUUAUUUUACUUUACUUUUUCUUGUUUCCAUUUUAUUCUCUAUUUUAUUUAUUAUGAGUUCCCGCGGGCCAGGAUAGCCGUGAACUUUGACAGAAUCUUUCCUUAGGAGCUCGGCGAGAUGGCUGUGGGUAAAGAGCUUACAGCUGAGCUUGGAGAUAUGAGUUCGAUUCCGGCGACUUAAAUGGUGGAAGGCGAGACCCGACUACUGACUGCAGCGGUCCUCUGACCUCCACAUGGGCUCCACGGCACGCGAACUGACUUUGACAUUACAGCGAUCUCCUUGGCUGCAGAGGGAGCCGCCUCUGGCCUCUCUAGGCUCCCCCUCUUUCGUUGGUGUGGGCGGGUUUUCGCCUACCUUCCAGCCGCAAUGCGUUCUCCGGCCUGCAGGGGGCGCGCGCCCACAGAGAGGCGGAGCGCGGGCGCGCGCGCGCGGAUUCCGGGGGUCGGGGGUGAGACGAGGUGGGGGCGGCACCGGAAGUAUGCGGUUGCCAUGUAAUAUUCCGGCCGCGCGUGCGCACUAGCGGGCUGAGGCGUCUCCGGGGCGGGCGCGUAGAGCUGGCGAAGUGCUUUGGCGGAGGCAGCGCGGAGGAAGGCGGUCGGUUCGGCGGCACCGGCGGAAACCUGAGUCCGGGCGGGACGACCGACGGAGGGAGGCGGCAUGUCGGUGGCGGGGCUAAAGAAGCAGUUCUACAAGGCGAGCCAGCUGGUCAGCGAGAAGGUUGGCGGGGCCGAGGGCACCAAGCUGGACGAUGACUUCAAAGAGAUGGAAAAGAAGGUGGAUGUCACCAGCAAGGCCGUGGCAGAGGUGCUGGUCAGAACCAUCGAGUACCUGCAGCCCAACCCAGCCUCACGGGCUAAGCUGACAAUGCUGAACACUGUAUCGAAGAUCCGGGGCCAAGUGAAGAACCCUGGCUACCCACAGUCAGAGGGGCUGCUGGGCGAGUGCAUGGUCCGCCACGGCAAGGAACUGGGCGGAGAGUCCAAUUUUGGUGAUGCCCUGCUAGAUGCAGGCGAGUCCAUGAAGCGCCUGGCUGAGGUGAAGGACUCACUGGACAUCGAAGUCAAGCAGAAUUUCAUCGACCCGCUGCAGAAUCUGUGUGACAAGGACCUGAAGGAGAUCCAGCACCACCUGAAGAAACUGGAGGGCCGCCGCCUGGACUUUGACUACAAGAAGAAACGACAGGGCAAGAUUCCUGAUGAGGAGCUGCGGCAGGCCCUGGAGAAGUUUGAGGAGUCCAAGGAGGUGGCAGAGACCAGCAUGCACAACCUCCUGGAGACUGAUAUUGAGCAGGUGAGUCAGCUCUCAGCCCUGGUGGACGCCCAGCUGGACUACCAUCGGCAGGCAGUGCAGAUCCUGGAGGAGCUGGCAGACAAGCUGAAGCGUCGGGUGCAGGAAGCCUCCUCGCGCCCAAGGAGGGAGUUCAAGCCCCGGCCGCGGGAGCCCUUCGACCUUGGAGAGCCAGAGCAGCCCAAUGGGGGAUUCCCCUCCGCCCCAGCACCCAAGAUCACAGCUUCCUCGUCAUUCAGAUCAGCAGACAAGCCUGCCAGGACCCCCAGCAGGAGUAUGCCACCCCUGGACCAGCCAAGCUGCAAGGCACUAUAUGACUUUGAGCCUGAGAAUGACGGUGAACUGGGCUUCCGCGAGGGCGACCUCAUCACACUCACCAACCAGAUCGAUGAGAACUGGUACGAGGGGAUGCUGCACGGCCAGUCGGGCUUCUUCCCGCUCAGCUAUGUGCAGGUGCUGGUGCCCCUGCCUCAGUGACGCGCCUGCACCCUGACUCCCUGCACGUUGUGGCAGCAGUCUAACGCCAAGGUGCUCUCGAAACACUAACGUUCCUCCAGGGGACCCUCCUCCUCACUCUCCCAGCCCUGGGCCCCCAUCCUAAGACUUGGGAAGGCCCACCCUGAGGUCCUAUUGCCUUCCUGAUGGUGGCAGCUCCCACCUGUUUCAAACCCUCCCAGCCCGUUGCUGGUGAUGGGCCCUGGCCCCUUCUCCAGGCUCCCCAGAAGCAGGCGGGCCCUUGGAGUCCCCAUCCUGCAAGCUGAGGCUGGCCAGUACCCCAACUUGACACAGAAAUGCUUAGCACCAGCUAUACAUGCAGAAGUGCACACAGCACACAUGUGCAUACCUCCCACGGGACCACAGAACCAGCCUCAGCCCUGCCGAAGGCCAAGCACAAAGGCCCCGAAGAGAAGACAUUCCCAGGUCCCUGGCACUUUCCUUUGAGACAGCUCCAUUGCUACCUGUCCAUGUGACUCUGCACCUGUAGGCUACCACAGGCAGCUGGCAGGUCCAUUCUCCGACCAGCAGGCCUGCCAUAGCCCAGCUCUGCAUCGUACCCUGCCAGGUGCCAGCAAGUGAGGCCUCCAGCUUGGGCUCAGUCACAUUACUCUCUACAGUGUUCCCACAACCUAUGGCUCAUCCCUGACAUGUGGGGCCACCUCCACAUCCCCAGUGGGCAACAAUGUCCCGCUCCAGCCCGGGCUGAAGUGAACUCUACUCCUGAUUUUUUAAAAAGUAUUAAAUGUCUCUUUCUACA